AUGAAUGCUGAACUUGAUGCUUUAGAGUCCAACCAUACUUGGGAAUUAGUUCCAUUACCACCUGAAAAAAAACCAAUUGGCACAAAAUGGGUUUAUAAAAUUAAACUCAAAUCGGAUGGGAGUGUAGAUAGAUACAAGGCCAGAUUAACGGCCAAAGGCUACAAUCAAAUUUAUGGGGUGGAUUAUUUGGAAAGCUUUUCUCCGGUUGCCAAGCUUGUUACAGUGAGAAUUUUCUUGGCCAUUGGUACUACCCACUCUUGGCCAUUACAUCAAUUAGACAUUAACAAUGCCUCUUACAUGGUUAUUUGGAUGAGCAGUCUAUUGUUUCCCCAUGGUUAUUCUAAGGCACAAAUGGAGAGAUAUUUCUUGGCUCUAAUUGUUUAUGUUGAUGUUUUAGUAAUGGGACCUUAUGAAAGUGAUAUUGCAGCAGUUAAGGCCUAUCUACAUUCUGUUUUUACUAUCAAAGACUUAGGAUAUGCCAAAUACUUCCUUGGGAUAGAAAUAGCUCACUCUUCCGAGGGAACUUUUAUCAAUCAAGGAAUAUAUUUUGGAUAUCCUUGA